AACAACAAGAACAAGCAUUUGCUACGCUUCCGUUGCCCAUGACACCGGAGCGAAGUUCUGACAGCUGAUUCCUAAACCGGUUUCCAAGCACUUGCAGAUCCCCGGGUCCCGGUUUUUGAGUCGUUUUCCGUUUGGAGGCGUCUGCUGCUGCCCAGCUGCGGUGUUCCUGAAGGCGGGUUUACCGGAAUACAGCGGCUAAUUAUGGUGUAGCACAGAGCGUUAGCUCGGAGAGACGGAAGAUUUUUGACACAGUGUGGCGUAGUGCAGACCGAGGCGUGCCGCAACAGCUUAGUCAUGCUCACACUGGCCAGCAAGUUGAAGAAGGAGGAUGGAGGAAAGACAGGCCGUGCCUCUGGAGCCUCUGACUCCACCCACAGGGUCUCCAUCAGGGACCGCCUCCUGACCAAAGAAGUUGCAGAACUUGAAGUCAAUCUCCCUAGUACAUGCAAAGCAAGUUUCCCUGAUGAGAAUAAGCUGCAUCACUUUCAGCUGGCGGUGUCUCCUGAUGAGGGCUACUACCAAAGCGGAAGGUUUCAGUUUGAAAUAGAUGUCCCCGAAGCCUAUAACAUGGUGCCUCCGAAAGUCAGAUGUUUGACCAGAAUAUGGCAUCCGAAUAUCACGGAAAAUGGAGAAAUCUGUUUGAGCUUAUUGCGAGAACAUUCAAUUGACGGUACAGGCUGGGCACCAACCAGAACGUUAAAGGAUGUGGUCUGGGGAUUGAACUCCUUGUUUACUGACCUGUUGAACUUUGAUGACCCACUGAACAUCGAUGCAGCAGAACAUCAUCUGAGAGACAAGGAGGAUUUUCGAAAUAAGGUUCAAGAUUACAUCAAGCACUAUGCCAGAUGAUAGAUGCAUUGGCUACCCACAUCAGCUGUGCGCCACCCAACCAAACUGCUCUACCUUGCCUCUGCUUGUCUGGCCGACUCCUCCAUGUGUGAAACAGCAGCAGACUCGUUGACUCUCACCACUCCCCUCCACCUCCUCCUGACACUGCAGCCCCGCCUCGGCCUCCCUUCUGCUCACCCAGUUUGCAAUAAAAUCCACAUGGCAGUAAUAAUAAAAUAAAACAGUAAAAAAGAAACCGAAUUAUAAAUGCUUCAAAGGAAGGACUUGAAAAAAAUGCUUUAAUUAUGCUAAUCAGUUGAUUGUUACAGCACCAACAAUGUCUGAAUCCGUGACAGCGCCUCACUAAGGUGUCCACGAGUCUGCUGGGAACAAGUCAUGGCAGAAAAAAUAACAUGGAGUCUCACAUGAUGUUUCACUGAAGAAGACCAGAAUUCACACUCGCCUGUUUUUAAUUACAAGCUGAAAAAAGAACAAAUAUCUGUUACAAUCAGCUCUCUGUUUCAGUGCCUGUAUUGUUUGUGUUGCUUAUGAGAAAGUGCAUGGGAGUUCCCAAAUGUUCACACACACACAAACCAUACAAAACACACAUUACAUGUCAUCGUAGAGGGUGAGCACAGGUAGGUUCCUCAUUAGACAGCACGUGAAUGAUCACAUUUUGUUUCCGUUCUCAAAGCAUGUAAGUGUUGUCCUGUGCCUAGCAUUUAGACCACCUUUAAUAUCUCUAUAUUUUUCUUCCUGGAGGUCUUUUUCUUUAGGCUUUUUCUUUUUUUACAGAAAUCUUAAUAAUUUGAAGACAUUUGGGGUGGUUUAAAACCUUUGCACAGUACUCUAGCAGGGUACACGCUUUGUGUGUUUUCAGCUCCAGAGACAUGAAGUACUUCCAUGAAAAACAAAAGCCUCAUGUAUCUUUCUUUUUUUGAAAUUUACCACCUUUGUAUCUUGAUCACAGUGUGUAUGAGGAGCUUAUUGCAUACUAACAGUGCAAUCCAAAAGUACUUUGACAUCUUGGCAAAGUUGGCUUUGUACUUAAAUACUGAGUUUUAAGUGAAAUCAUGGGGACUUUGAAUGACUGGUUUAGAUUAAGUUUUGCAACCAUAAGAAAUAAAUGGUGAUGGAAUUUUA